AUGUUCACGGCAUCUAAGAAACGCAAGUUGACAGACGACACAAAAUAUUAUGGCGUCCGCGCCGGCAAGACUCCAGGCGUGUAUACUAGUUGGGCUGAUUGCCAGGAAAACACUACCGGGUUCCGCGGUGCUCAAUACAAAUCCUUCCUCUCACACAAAGACGCUGCCGACUUCGUCGCCGGCAAAUCCCCCGCAGGUGCGAAACCCACAGGCGAUAAAUUCUACGGUGUAGCUGUGGGCCGAGUCCCGGGUGUAUAUGAAGAUUGGGGCGAAGCUGCGGCGGAGAUCAAGGAUGUGAAGGGGCCUAAAUAUAAGAAAUUUGCUACGAGGAAGGAGGCGGAGGAGUUUGUUAGGAGUGGUGGGAAGAAUAGUGGUACUGCUGUGGCGAAGAAGGACGGGGAAAAUCCGCCAGCGAAGAAAGCAAAGACGGCUGCUAGUACGGAGGGUGGAAAGAAGUUGAAGGAUGAUGGACCGCUGAAGGUUUGGACUGAUGGCGCGGCGAGAGGAAAUGGAAAGAGGGGUGCUCAGGCUGGUGUAGGGGUUUUCUUUGGAGUUGGCGAUGCUCGCAAUGUCUCGGAACCUCUCGUAGGUAACCAGACAAAUCAAAGAGCAGAGUUGACCGGCAUUCAACGAGCUCUCGAAAUGGCCCCCAAGAACCGCCCGCUGGAAAUCAUCACUGAUAGCAAUUAUAGUAUUAAUUGCUCUACAACCUGGUAUAAGACCUGGAUGAAGAACGGAUGGAGGACAUCCACGGGCGCGGAAGUUACAAAUAAAGAUCUCGUGGUUGAGAUUAGGAAACUGAUUGAUCGGCGAGAGGCUGCUGGUGUCAAAACGGACUUUACGUGGAUUAAGGGUCAUAAUGAUGACCCGGGAAAUGUUGCUGCUGAUGAAUUGGCAGUUGCUGGAUCCAGGAAGGCUCGCUCGUAA